AUGUGUACGAUCGGGUUCUUGACGGAGUGGCAGUUAUACGCCCAGAAGUUGGAGGGCGAUACCUGGGUUGGGGAGAAAUUGGAUAAGAAUAAGUUGGAUAAGAUGAGUGACCAGCAAAUCGGCCAAUUAUACGAACUCAUGAACGCUAUCAAGAACGAGGGUGGGGAGGGCGAGGGCGAGGGUCAGCAAUAA